AUGAGGCGAGGCGUCGUGCUGCUUCUAGGGGCGGAGCGUCCACUGACCCCUAGCAGUCUGUUGCAGACCAUCCGCAGCGAUCCGGGGAUGACAAGCACCUACUAUGCCAAUCGCUACUUCGGCGAAAACAAUGUGAUGCACCUGAACCACCUUCUCUGGGGUGUGCUGAAGCGCAAUGGCAAGGUAGACAUUGACCGCAGCGACGGCAAGGAUGCUGCACCGCGCUGGUACCCGCUAUUUUCGAACCCGAAGCGGCACCAGGUGCGACUCCACGACGCAGAUGAGGAGGACCUGUCGUUUCUCCAGAACGCCCCAUCGACGGCCCCAACGGGGCCCGAAAGGCCAGACCACCGUUUAGCGUCCGUUUCCCGCGCGGAUUCCUGUGAGCUGGAGAGCACCAUCAUCGGUCUUGUGCAGACAGUCCCAGGCAAGGACAUCCACUACUACAUCAUGGAGUUGCCUGUGAAGUACCAGCGCAGCGCCCCGACGGCGUUCAAGCGGCUGCGUGAGGCGGGGCUUCUGAUGCGGGAGUUCACCCCCCUAGGCACCUAUGUCUGGCGAUAA